CAGUACUGAGUACUGAAGUUGCGCUCGAGCGCUCGUCCGCUGCAGCGCGCCGUCCAGAGGCUCUGCGCUGCGCCACAAUAACUAACCCGCUCCGUGGAUGGUAAAUCCGUUUAACCCUUCAAUGGGAGGACUGUUAAGGUCAUGUUUUCCUGGACUGCAUGCACCAGCCAAAAAACUACCAUAGAGAUGAAGUGGAAUGCUAAUGAAUAGAUCUCCAGCUGAAAUUUGACAUGCUGUGGCCACAAUGUCCAAAAAAGAAGAUUCAGGAGGAAAGAAAAGCUCCCACCAAACUGAACUUUACGCAGAGGUCCCUGCAUCAUGCCUGCCUAUUGUCUAUUCCCCAGAGUACAACAUCACCUUCAUGGGUCUGGAAAAGCUGCAUCCCUUUGACGCUGGCAAAUGGGGCAAGGUCAUUCGCUUCUUGAAAGAAGAGCAGUUCAUCACCGAUGAGAUCAUCGUUCCAGCCCGGGAGGCCAGCGAGGCGGAUCUUCUUGUGGUUCAUACUACACGUUACCUGAACAGACUCAAGAACGCUAUCUUGGAGGGCUCCAGAGAGUGGUCUCUGGUAGUUGCCACCAUCACAGAAAUCCCACCUCUCCUGUUCCUGCCCAACUUCCUGGUGCAGCGCAAAGUUCUGAAACCUUUGCGAACGCAAACGGGAGGAACCAUCAUGGCUGGAAAGCUGGCAAUGGAUCGAGGAUGGGCAAUAAAUGUGGGAGGAGGCUUCCACCACUGCUCUAGUGACAAAGGCGGAGGUUUUUGUGCCUAUGCUGACAUCACACUCGCAAUCCAGUUUCUCUUUGAGAGGGUGGAGGGAGUUGCCAGGGCCACCAUCAUCGAUCUAGAUGCCCAUCAGGGAAAUGGCCACGAGCGGGAUUUCCUGGAAGACAGACGCGUUUACAUAAUGGAUGUCUAUAAUCGCCACAUCUAUCCAGGAGAUGGAUAUGCAAAGAGGGCGAUUAAACGAAAAGUGGAGUUGGACUGGGGCACAGAAGACAUGGAGUAUCUACAGAAGGUGGAGCUCCAUUCAGAAGGGGCGCUGAAUGAAGUACGGCCUGACAUUAUCAUAUAUAAUGCAGGCACAGACAUCCUUGAUGGAGACCCUCUAGGAGGUCUGGCUAUAUCCCCGCAGGGUAUCGUAAAGAGAGAUGAGAUCAUCUUCAGGGCAGCCCGGCGGCGAGGAAUACCCAUCCUUAUGGUGACAUCAGGGGGAUACCAGAAGAAGACCGCCCGCAUCAUCGCUGACUCCAUCAUGAAUCUGCACAGACAGGGUUUGAUUGGUGAAGAGGCUGUAGAGGGUGCGGGACCCUCACAUGUGCCAUUUAUGAUGACCAAAUCUGUCUCAUCAGGGGCCGUGUUGGCUGCCAUUUAAAUUCCUCUGAUCUCUGGUCAAGUGUGUCAAACACGCUGUUAAUUUACCUAAUGCAAAAAUUUAGAACUAAUAUAUAAUGUUCUGGGUGGUUUGGAUCGAGAUUGACUCAGGAUAGUUUUCGUAGUUCAUCGUUUUGAACUAUUUAACUCGUAUGUUGCAUUUUUUGUGAUAGUUUUAGAAUUAAAUUUUAAGAUCGGGUAAUAUUUAAAAUUUUUCCCUCAUUUCUUAAGGGUGUUUUAUGCAAUGCUUGUUUGCACGUUCAAUUUUUAAAGGAAUAGUUUACUCAAUAAUAAAUUCUGCUCACCCUCAUUACAAAUCCACUCAGUUUUAUUAUAUGGAAAUGCAUGUUUCUUAUUUUGUGUUUCACCGAAGAAAGAAAGUUUGGAAUGACAGAAUUUUCAUUGUUGGGUGAACUAUCCCUUUAAACAUUUUUAACUGAUGCUCACAGAUUGGGCAUUGAAAAGGAAAUUGAUUUCUUAUCAAUUUCAAAAAAAAUAAAAAAUCUAUGAAUGAAUCUAACAUAUGAAUAUUGUGCAUUCAUACGUUCCUCUAGAAAUCCCCAGUGUGAGAUACACGAGAAAAAUUUACCGCAUGAUUUUAUUGAACAAUUUGUGGCAGCUCUCUCCAACACUAAUUAGAUUUAUUCAGUAUUAAAUUAUGGCAUUAUGAAUCAAUUUUGGAUUCAUUACAGAUUCCUCAUUGUGUCAGCCUGCUCUGCUAUAACACUUUAAAAUAUUCUGUCACAUUAAAUGGAAGUUUCUUUUAGAGAUGUGCUUUUGAGACCCGUUCGUUUUAGCAGCACGCAGGAAUUCUAGUUUGUGUGCAUCAGCAGGUGGACCACUGUCAGUCUGAGAGCUUUCCGUCAUAUUACACCUGGCAGGCUUUUGAAAUGUCUUCAGGCUGAGGCCGGGGCUCUCUCUAUUAGGAAAUGAAACUCUUCAUUGGAAAGUCUGAGAGACAUUGCAGUUGGUUACCAGUGACAGUUCUAAAGCCGUGAUCUUGUCUGACUCAAUUUAACAAAAUGGUUCCUGUCAUCUAGAGAAUAAAUAGGAGAUGAUGACACUGUUUUUUUUUUUAAAUUAUUAUUAUUAUUAUUGCCCAGAUUUUAAAUUCUAGUGUGAAAUCAAGAUUCUCACUUUUCAGGUUUUAUGUCAGUUUUAUUCUGUGAUUUUAUUUUUAGACAUCAAGUGUAGAACUGUCUAUAAUUUUUACUCAAUGAGUUUAUUACUCCACACAUAUUUACCAUUGGAUUUGUCACUUUAUUGACAUAUUAAGCUUUGAGUUUAUUUGAAGAUAUGGUUCACCCAGAAAUGAUUCUGUCAUCAUUUAUUUACCCUUAUGUCUUUCCAAAUCUGUUUAACUUUUUUUCUUGUGGGACACAUAAAUUAUGGAGCCUCUAAAGGGACCUGGUGAUAGAAAAAAAUAUGAUAUGGUGAAGAUAUAUAUAUAUAUAUAUAAUUUUUCUUCUCGUAUUUUCUUCCAACACAACCUCUGGUCACUAUCCACUGUCAUUGUAUAGAAUAGAGCAGCAUGAACAUUCUCCAAAAUAUCUCCUUUUGUGUUCUGCAGAAAAAGUCAAAUGUUUGAGGGGACACAGAGGGACUUUUAAUGAGCUCUCACUUUUAUUUAGUUUUAUUUUAAGUUGGUAUUCAGAGGAUUGUCUUCGUAAGGAGCGAGUAAUGAGUCAUGAACUUUGUGUAAGGCACUUAUACUCCGGUUGCAGGGGUAAUUGUCAUGGCUCUGAUCUGUUGAGUGAAAGUCAUAGAAACUAAUUCCAUCAACCCUGUUCAUGUGGUGACUAAUAAAGAUUUACUGGUGUAAGUGGCCCUUCAGACCUUUCUGCAAUAAAUUGCUCUUAAAGCACAGAAUAAUAUAACAUUGCUUUGUUUGAGCGUCUCGACCACCGCUACAUUGCAACCAAUGGCAUGAUUUUGCGGUGGGACUAUAUUUUUGUGUGGCUAAUGGUAGAUGUGGAGAAUGUUUGAUGGUGCUAGUGGUACAGAAACUACAAACAAAACCUUUAAGAGUAAAUUGACAUGUAAUUCUUCAAAUCUACUGAAAUAAUAUGAUUGUUGUUAUUUAUUUUGUGAUUUGUUUUUGUUUACAUUGAUACCUCCCAUUCCAAGUAUCCCGUUAUUAAUUUAAGUUAUUAAUUUUUUUUUUUAGGUCUUAUGAGUCUGAUAUUGCACUAGGGAGCUGGAGGGAUCUUGGUAAUGGAUACUAAUGAGUAUAGUAGGGCUCUUUUUGUCCCUUUACUUUCUUUUUCUUUUUAAUGAAAGCCGUCAAAAGGAUGCGUAUGGAGGUCACUUGAAAGACGUGAACCCUUUAGUUCUAGCCAGCAGUUUAAUGGAUCCGUACAUGAAAAGGACCACUGUGGUCCUGCUUGAACAAAUGACUUGGCUUACUGAUGAGUAUGUUCAUAGAUCUAAAAGGUUUGGUUAAUAACAUUGCAUAACAGUGAUUUUUCUAUACGAACACUAGCACUUGUGUUUUUUGCCACUGUAUGAAACAUGUAUAUUCAUUUUGUUCCUUUGUCUUAAAUAAUUUUUGAUAUUAAAUUACUUACAAAUGAAUUAUUUAACUCAUUAAUCAUAUCAAUAUCUAUUUAAACCUGUGUUUCAUGUAAAGAAAUACUUCAGCACUUGGGUAAUAUACAGUACAUUUAUACAUAAAUCUGUAGAGAUGGUGGUUUGUUAACAUCUAACAAGUGUGCCAAGUGUUUUCAUGCUGGGUUUAUGUUCUUUUGUACCUGCACUUUUAAUGCCAUUUUUAUGUAAGAACAGGGAAAAUAAAUCAAUUCUAACAAUGCAA